AUGAGUUCUAAAAUCAAGAAUGUCUAUUUAAUAUUGCGUCUGCGUUUGGAAGAACUCAGAGUUGUGACAAUAAAGACUUUUUAGAUUGGAAUUAACAUUUUACUUUUUGCAUCUCUUCGAGGUGAUUAAAAAGCAAAAAAUCAAAAUUCACUUUAACAAUAUGGUCUUACUUCUCAAAAAUAGUUACAAUAAGCAUAAUAAAUCUCAUCUUCGCUUUACAAUCACAACUUUGGCAAUUUCUAUCCUGAAUUUAUCAGGGCAUCGAUAACUUUAUAUUUAGUAGGAUUGGUGAUUAAUUUACUUCAUACUGAAAUAUUGAAUGUAAUUAAUAGGAAAUUUGUGUUGUAAAAAUGUAUUGGAACCAUAGUUAUAGUCUUCCUCCAUAUUUUAGAUUUAAUGAUCAUCAAUGAUUUCCUAAUAUUGAACUCAGAAUACAGUAAUCUAACUUAGGCAGUCUCAGAUAUAUAUGUGGAUUCUGUAAGAAAACAGAAGGAUAUGAUUUAAUUGUUUGAAGCAGUCGUCAGAUAACUGGUUAACAUAAAUAGAUUUCUUUCAGUGUUUUUUUAGGCAUCUGCUCUUUGGGGAGAUGGAAUCAGAAAAUUGAUUAAAAAUAAAAGGAAGACUUGGGGAACAACCGAUUCAUAAUUAUAAUCACCUUAACCUUAAGAGAAACCUUAAUAAAAUCAUGUAGCCCCAGUAAGUACUGUGAACAAUAAGAUGAAGGGUCAGAAGAAGGAUGUUGUUCAGCAUUCUGGAAAAAAGAAGAAAACACAAUAACAAUAAUCAAUUGAAAAAUCAACUGAAGAAAGAGGUCAAUCUAUAGAAAAGAAGAAAAAAAGGAUUUUGGAUAAAAAGCCAUCAAAAUUGUCACCAAAAUAAUAUGAAUAACAAAUAGAAGCCAAAAUAGAUGAAUCAUAAUAAUUAGCACUUUCUAAAUAGGUAUCAUAAAUACAAAAAGAUGAAUAAAAUAAUUCAACUUAGGCUGGUUCCAAUGGGAAUAAAUCCUUGUUUGAACAUAAGAUUAAGUCAAACAGAAGUGAAUCACUCCCAAAUAAACUUUGCUCUUAGAUUGAAAUAUCCUAAAGGUAUUUGAGAUAUUCUUCCUAAAACUAAAAGAAACCUGUAGAAUAAAAGAAAUAGAUGAGGCCCAUUUAUGAUAAACUGUAUAAAUUCAACUUAUAAACUAAUGUUGACAAAUAUGAAAUUAAAGUACAUAGUAUAACUGAAAUGAAUAAUUCAAUUAAUAAAAUUGCAUAAGAGAAUUCAUGGAAUUCAUUCUUAACAAUUAAUGUAAAAUUAAAUUAUUGGAAAGAAGCAUAUCAACAAAUGCAAACUUAAGAAAUUAAAGAGGAAUUGUAAAAAGUAAUAGCAUAAUAUGCAUUAUAUUUAAUGAAUUAACAUGCUUAAAAUUAAGAAAUAGUAGAAUGAAAAUAUUAUUUAUAUUUGA